CUGGCUAGGUAGGCACUACGUAGGUGUUAUCCAGGUGCAUACUUGACCCGGAAGAAGUGGCCACUCACUCACCCACUGCCUAUCAAGGUAGGAACCGAGGCUCGAAAGGGGGAAUCAUUACCUAAAUUGUGCGGCAAAGCAUAUCGACGCCUAGAUAUGAUAGGAAUAUGAAUACGUAGGUACCUACCUAGUACCAAUCUACGUGUAUGUAGAUAGAUACAUGUAUUCCAGACUCCAAAUCGAGGAACCAAAUCGAAUAGGAAGGGAAAUUCAGCGCGGAUAGCGUACCUACCUACACAGCAUCCAGCAGAAACACCACCACCACCACCACCAAUCCCACCAUGACGACCCCACGCACCAAAAACCCCGUGCCCUCCUGGCUAUCGACCCCCUACCCCUCCGUAUCACACAGCAUCAUCUCCUUCCCACGCCCGCACGUGCUCCUCGUGACCAUCAACCGGCCCUCACACAUGAACUGCCUCCCCGUCGAGGCGACGAUCGAGCUGGGCGCGCUGUGGUCGUGGUACGACAGCGAGCCGGCGCUGCGGUGCGCGGUGUUCACGGGGGCGGGGACGCGGGCCUUCUGCGCGGGCAUGGACCUCAAGCAGCGGCUCGACAUCAUCAACACGAACGACGUCGCGCUCGACUACCCGCGGGGCGGCUUCGGCGGCAUGAGCAACCGCACGGGGAAGAAGCCGAUCGUGGUCGCCUGCAAUGGGCAUGCGCAUGGCGGCGGCUUCGAAAUCGUCCUCAACGCCGACGUCAUCUUCGCCUCCCCCAACGCGAGCUUCCGGCUCCCGGAAGUCCUGCGGGGCGUCGCCGCUCUCGCGGGCGCCUUGCCGCGGUGCAUGAUGCUCUUCGGCAACCACCGGACCAUGGACCUGUGUCUCUCGGGGCGGGUCCUCAGCGUCGAGGAAGCAGUGCAGUGGGGGCUGGUGAAAGAAAUCGUGCCGCAGGAGAAGCUGGUGAGUCGAGCGCUCGACUACGCAAGCGAUAUCGCGGCGCUGUGCCCGGACAGCGUGAUCAUUUCGAGGCUGGGCGCGAGGGAGGCGUGGGAGACGGGGGUGAGUCGGGCGACGAUCAGGGGCCAGGAGUUGUAUGCGGAUGGGAUGCUGAAGAGCAAGAAUGCGGAGGAGGGGUUGGCGGCGUAUAGGGAGAAGAGGGACCCGAAGUGGUACCCGUCACACCUUUAGGACUAGAUGCAUACAUGAGUUUCUUUGUUUGCUAUUUAGAUAUAC